AUGGUCAGCAUUCCAGGCGAUGACGGAUCCCUGGGCCGCUUCGAGUUCGUGGCCGCCUGCGAGGCCUUGUUGUCGGACGCGCCGGGCUGCGCCAGUGUCUCGGAUCUCCACGAGCUCUUCGACAUUUUGGACCCGCAAUGCACUGGACACGUGAGCCUGGAGGAGUUUUCUCGGCUACUGGAGGCCUAUCGCCAGGUCCCGAAAGCCGUUGACGGGCAUUCGGCUGCCGUGCGGCUGCUGGAAGAGCAACGGGGGCUGCCGCCCAGUCCAAGCGUUCGAGGAGGAGGGGGCUUGGUGUUGAGCCCCUUGGCCGGACUACGUGCUUGGAUGCUGCAACAUGGAUGGAUCUUCCACGACUUGGAGGUUCGACUCGCUCCGGACGAGAAAGAUCAACAUCUGUGGAGCGAUGGCUCCUCGAGCUGUCGCUGCCGUGAUCUGUCGGCCACGCUGGAUCCAUGGGUCUCGCGAAGGACUGUCGUGAUUCUCCUGGGAAUUGAUUUGAUCCUCUGCCUGCUGCUCUGCCGCAUCUUUACAGAGCAUGCGCCGCUGGCACAGCUGGGGAUGCCCGAGGGAAGUGGAUGGAUUUGCAUCCUCUCUAUCUUGACUCUUCGCAUGGGCUCCCAAAUCUUCGGCACCGUGGCGGCCUGUCGCCGAAGCAACAAACUGCUCCGGCGCUAUUACAAUGUCUUCAUGCUGAACCUUCUGCUCAGUGUGGUGAUCCUGCGACCCUUGCUGCUGUGCGAGUGCUUCUGUUUCGAGCCAUCCAUGGAUCUAGUGAUGACGCCGCGGGCCUCGCGGCGCGAGGCGGAGCAAUGCGACGUUUGGAGCUCCUUCGAGGAGGCCUCCUCACGGCGCCUGAAAGCAGUUGAAUGGCCCAACUGCGCUCAGAGGGAGCUGUCACUGGUGCCAGACCUCUUCAAAGUGGCCAAGAACGUUUCACUGCAAAGCGCCAAGCGCAGUUGCGUGAUCCUACCUUUCCCAAGACCUUUGGCGACGCUCCUGCUGGAGAUGGAGCCAGAGGUGUGGGAUUGGGCCAGUGCACCACUCCUGGAUUUGCAUCCAGAACUCAUGAGUUGUUUCAAACUCCGUCGCUGCGGAGCGCUCCACCUCCGCUGUGAAGCGGGCGAAGAGGGGACCGCGAGCGGCACCGGGACCGCGUCCUGCGGGAACCUCACGGCCUGCAAGCUGCACCACCCGGUCAUGCCACACAGCCAGCCGGUGGACACUGAGCCUGCCGCACUGGCCAGCUGCCCUCCCAACGGCUGGGAAGUGAGUUUCUUGAAGGACCUGGAGAAGUACGAGUGCUUCCGCUUCCGCAUCGGUGCGGCCCACGGCCCCGCCACCGAGCUUUGCCGCCUGGUGGUGCGCGCCGCGGUGACGCUGCUGGUGGUGGCGGCGUUGCUCGCCCUGCCCUGCGCCAUCGUGAUCAGAAAGUUCUUGGAGAACAAUUGUGGUGAUUUCAUUGACACUGAGGAGCAAUUUGACGUGGGCACCUUCUACGACUCCCGCUAUUCCAUGUCUGAUUCUUUCGUUCCGGGCGCCGGCGCGUCCUACUUUCGUGCGACCAAGACACGGUCCUUCUCAACAGGGAACAAUGUGGAGUUGGCAUCUGUCGGACGGGCCUCUCCACCAUGGCCACCACAGGUGAGGGGGCGAGCGAAACGAGCGAAACCGUUGUAG